CAGGUAUAUGUACUUCACGACCUCUUUUCAGAAGCCAUUUAUAUGUUCCAAGGAUUCAACUCUUAGUAUAUGGGAAGACCCCACACAUACCCUCUAUUGUGAAACAAAAACGGUUGGGUUGUGGAUGGGAAGGCUACAAUCACAUACCUAGGAGAUCCACUUUUGAAGACAGGUAUCCUGAGAAGGGAAAGACAAGUCUUGUUAAAGCAAUUGCUACUGUUGAAGCAGAAGUCUCUGUAACGAGUGAUAAUGACCAGAGAAGUCACAGUUUGCAAUUUGAUUUUAACUCGGAGUCUCAAGGACUUCAUGUUUCAGAUGAUGACUCUAUUGAUAAGGAUGAAAAAGAAAGGUUACGGAGAAUGAGAAUCUCGAAGGCAAACAAGGGAAAUGUUCCAUGGAACAAGGGCAGGAAACAUAGUCCAGAAACUCUUCAGAGAAUACGAGAAAGGACCAAACUAGCAAUGCAGGACCCCAAGGUUAAAAUGAAGUUAAUGAAUUUGGGUCAUGCUCAGAGUGAGGAGACGAGGAUAAAAAUUGGAGCUGGAGUCCGGGAGGGCUGGCAGCGACGUCGUGAAAUGUUGAUGGUUCAAGAAGGCUGUUUGUUUGAAUGGCAAAACAUUGUUGCUGAAGCAUCUCGGAAAGGUUAUGCCAGUGAAGAUGAACUGGAAUGGGAUUCAUACAAGAUCAUAGAUGAGCAGCUGAAACAAGAGUGGUUGGAGAGCGUUGAGAAGAGGAAGAUGAUGCCUAGGCCUAAAGGUAGCAAAAGAGCACCAAAAUCCCCGGAGCAGAGAAGGAAGAUUUCAGAGGCCAUUUCUGCCAAGUGGGCAGAUCCUGAAUACCGAGGUCGGGUUUUUUCUGCACUUGCAAAGUAUCAUGGUGUACCUGUUGGAGUUGGAAGAAAACAAAGAAGAAGAUCACCUGGUGAAACUUCAUCUGUAAAAAGAGAAGGUGUGAAGAGGAAAUCUAAACCUAAAGGAACUGAUGAUGAGGCUAAAAGUGUCAAGAAAGUUCCAUCUAGGAGAAAGAGGAAUGCCACCCCUUCAUACAAAGAUCCAUUGGCCAGUUCCAAGUUGGAAAUGAUCAGAAAAAUCAGGGCGGAAAGGGCGGCAAUGGAAAAUAAAAAGAGAGAAGCCACUGAAAGGGCAAAACUACUGAUCGCCGAAGCAGAGAAGGCUGCUAAAGCUCUUGAGGUGGCUGCACUAAAGAGCCCUCUUGCCCAAGCAUCACUUAUUGAAACCAGGAAGCUGAUUGCAGAGGCAACCAGAUCAAUUGAAAGCAUAGAGAGUGGACAGCUCACAUCACAUGACUCUGGAGAUGAAGCUUCUUUUACCCCUGAUGCAACAGUAAACCAUUUUCAAUCUAGUCAUGAAUCACUCAACAGAGAAACAGUUUUAGAUGAACGAAUAGUGGAUGGCUUACAUCUCGAAAAAUCAUGUGAGACAAGAUAUGAUUCAUCCAAUCAGCGUAACUAUAAAGGCGAUGCUGGUGGUAGAUUAACACUUCAGAAUGCACCAGAAGCUGGAAAUCCAUUGACCUCAACAAGUAGAGAAGAGUUUAACAAUGUCCAAGAUGAUUCUGGUGUAAAAGAUUUACAAGUGAACCAACCUCAUAUCAAUGGCUCUAUCAAGUACAUAAAACCACUGCCUGAAAGAGAGCGGACAUCGAAAUCCAAGGAGGGCAAGGGGACCAGAUCUGCAUCCAAAACUAAAAAGUGGGUGUGUGGUAGGUUGGUCGAAGUAGAUGAAUAAAUAGUGGUUAAAGAAAAAUGUGGUAGGAUGCAGCGAAAGGUAUUUCUUGAAACACAAACAUUUUGAUACGUAAAUUGCCCUCAUAGGUUACAGUCCUGGUCCUCACGAAUAUUCUGAGAUAUGGUUUACUUUUCUGUAUAGGGGAAAUUUGGCCAAUGUAUGUACUGUAAAUGUUUCUGUUGCAGUGGAAAGAUUGUUCAGGACUUUAGCUGAUCAGCAAAGGAAAUGCAGUCUUAGGCUACUUAGUCACGAUGGAAGUUCAAUAUAUAGAUGUUUGUACAUGUGUUUUAAGCUGUUAUUUAGACAUUGCAGAUAUAUGCGUAGUGUUGUUUUCGCAUGAAUCGAUUUUCAGAAUGCGAUCAACUCUCUUUUAUGCUUGUAUCUGAGGACAUUUGCUGUUUCAACCGUUCAUGUCGCUAGAUCACCAUCCAGUGUUAGCAUAUUAGUUAUAAAGACACAUGAUUAUUCUA